UGCACUGAGUGUGGAGCAAAUGGUUUGUGUGGCCUUGCGCUUUUUGCUAGUGGAGCCUUCCUGUACUCAGUGGGGGAUGCAGAACAGCUGAACAAGGCCACAAUUUGCCGCACAAUAAGGAGUGUGUGUCUGGCUAUCAAAGCAUUAGCAGAUGUCUUCAUCUCCUUCCCUGGCCACAGAAGACUCUGUGACAUCAAAGAGGAGUUCUAUAGGAUUGCAGGUUUCCCCAAUGUCAUUGGUGCAGUGGACUGCACACACAUAAGGAUAAAAGCCCCCUCAGGUGCCCAUGAGGCCGAUUUUGUGAAUAGGAAAUCCUUUCACAGCAUUAAUGUUCAGAUGGUCUGCAAUGCUGACUGUGUGAUCAGCAAUGUUGUGGCAAAAUGGCCUGGCUCAGUCCAUGACUCCAGAAUCUUUCGGGCCUCUGAAAUCUAUCAGUGCCUAUCACAAGGUGAAUUCUCUGGUGUGUUGCUGGGAGACAGGGGGUAUGGCUGCCAGCCUUUUCUCCUGACACCUUUCACAGACCCCCAGGAAGCACAGCAGGCCUACAACCAUGCCCAUGCCAGGACCAGGGCCAGAGUUGAAAUGACCUUUGGCCUCCUGAAGGCACGCUUUCACUGCCUUCACAAAUUAAGGGUCAGCCCUGUUAGGGCAUGUGAUAUUACUGUGGCUUGUGCUGUCCUCCACAAUGUGGCCUGCCUGAGGAAGGAGAGGGCCCCCAGAGUGCCACCAGCCAUGGACUGGGACAAUCCGGCAAUCUUCCCUGAUGACGACAGUGGUCGGCUGCUGAGGGACCAAUAUGUGUUGAAUUAUUUUAGUUAGUAUGUGUGCUUUCAAUUUUGGUUAAAUAUGUCCUGCGGUGGCAGAGGAAUUUGGUUUUUUGGGUUCGUUUUUUGACGAAUUUGGCCUCUUAUGAUGUUUGUGCGGUAUACUGUGUGUAAUACAAGGCUGCAGGGAGGCUACUGCAUCCAUUCAUUUGUCUGUUCAGUUGAUGUGUAUGGAUUUGUCCUGCAUUUAUUUUAGUGUGCAGACAUGCAGGGUGUGUUAUAUACAGACCUUUGAAUGUGUAUGUAUCAUUUUGUAUAAUAUGCUUGGAUUCUGUGCUUUCCAUCUUGUAGAGUCACUGUGACUUCAGUUUCGAAAGGAGCUGAUGGUUUACCUGCUUUGUUUUGUCCUUAUUCAAUAAAGGAACAUAAUGUUACACAUUGUGUUUUUAUAUUCA